CUACCUACCAAGGCAAGGGAGUGGCUUGGCUCGAGUAAAUACCUGUUCCACAUUCACCUUCUGUCAGAGUCAGAGUCAGUCAGGACUAGGAAUCAAUCUAUUACACAUAACUAUAGAAUAUUUCUGUGCAGACGCUCGUGGAGGAACAUGUCCUUUAAUUAGGUAUGACAUCAGUAUGACGUUAUCAUUCUCUCUACCGUGAGAAUGUACGAGGUGAUGCAGGGAGACACUACCACUUUGUCCUGGAGGCUACCCAGCCCCGGCCACAACGACGGCCCACAACAGAGCCCCUUCAGCGGGGAGGGAGGACCCACCAAGAUCCUCAAAGUCUGUUUUUCCACCAACAACACCCUGGGGAAGAACUUCAAACUGGUGAAAUGUGACAGCUCCUGGAAGAUCAGGGCUAUAGUGCAGUCUAUCCUGACCAGUGGUAGGCUGGGCCCUAACAUCCAGUAUAAAGGCUGCUAUGGUCUGCUGCUGAAGCACCUCAAGUCAGACGAGCUCCACUGGCUCCAUCCAGACCUGACCGUGGGGGAGGUGGAGCAACGCUAUGAGAGUCAUCACGUGGAGGCAGAGUGGAGGUAUGACCUGAGAGUCCGCUACAUUCCAGUCAACUUCCUGGAAAAGUUUAAAGAAGACAGUACCACACUGCUGUAUUUCUAUCAACAGGUGCGUAGUGACUACAUGCAGUACCAUGCCAGUAAAGUCAGUGAUGGGAUGGCCCUGCAGCUGGGCUGUCUGGAGAUUAGGAGGUUUUAUAAAGACAUGAACGCUAAAGGUUUGGAGAAGAAGUCCAACUUUGAGUUACUAGAGAAGGACGUGGGGCUGAACCUGUUCUUUCCACAGGAGCUCAUUGAACGCAUGAAGUCUCGUCCCCUUCGGAAGCUGAUCACCCAGACGUUCCAGCAGUACUCUACCCUGAAGGAGGACGAGUGUAUGGUUCGCUUCUUCAAAACGCUCAUGGAAUUCAUCAAUGUUGACGAGGAGGUCUACCCCUGCGAACUGGUGCAAGGCUGGAGUCUGUCAGUAGAGCUGGUGAUUGGAGCCAGGGGCAUUCGCCAACGCACCCAUAAAGACUCAGCGGUAAGCAGGAUGUUAACUGUAAACAGGGGCAUUCGCCAACGCACCCAUAAAGACUCAGCGCCUGUGUGUCUAGCGGAUUUCAAACAGAUCAAGAGCAUCAAGUGUUCAUCUCAGAGUGACGGCAAAGCCCUCCUCAACCUGGACAUAGACGGAGCCAGACAGCCUCUGUCUAUCAACGUGACUAAGUUUGCGAUGGCAGAAAACAUGGUGGACCUUAUUGACGGUUACUGUCGCGCUGAGCACGCCACUGACGAGUCGUUCAUCGCUAGACCAAAUAAAGAUGCCAAUUUACGAAGUUCCCUGCCAGACCUUCCCACAAAUCAAACGGAGAACACGGGCUCCUUCAGAUAUAGCAUGGGAUCUGACAUCUACGCAGAGAUUGACGAACGACCAAAGUCUGUGGUGAAGUAUGGAAUUGACAGACAUGACAUUGUUCUGGGACGGAUCCUUGGCGAGGGGUUUUUCGGGGAGGUCUAUGAAGGAAUGUACAAAAAAUCGAAUGGGGAGAGGAUAAGCGUGGCGGUGAAGACGUGUAAAGACUGUUCACCUGAUGUCAUGGAGAAGUUCAUGAGUGAAGCAGUGAUCAUGAAGAACCUGAACCACCCCCAUAUCGUCAGUCUGAUCGGUGUCAUAGAGGAAAACCCUGUCUGGAUCGUGAUGGAGCUCUACCAGUAUGGAGAGCUUAAGAACUACCUGACAGAGAACAAGAACAAGCUCACCAACAUAACGCUAGUUCUCUUCAGCCUGCAGAUCUGCAAAGCUCUAGUCUACCUAGAGGGAAUCAACAUGGUGCACAGAGACAUAGCGGUGAGGAAUGUGCUGGUGGCCACAGCAGACUGCGUUAAGCUGGGAGACUUUGGCCUGUCUAGAUACAUUGAGGAUGAAGAGUAUUACAAAGCCUCUGUGACUCGAUUACCUAUCAAAUGGAUGGCUCCAGAAUCCAUAAACUUCAGGCGAUUCACCACGGCUAGCGAUGUUUGGAUGUUCGCGGUGUGUAUUUGGGAGAUCCUGAGCCAGGGGCAGCAGCCUUUCUUCUGGUUGGAGAACCGUGAUGUCAUUAACCAGCUGGAGCAGGGCAUCAGACUACCCAAACCUGACAACUGCCCUCCUGCCCUCUACUCCCUCAUGACCCGCUGCUGGGCCUACGACCCCCGCGACAGACCCUCCUUCACCGAGCUGGUCGUCAAGAUCAGUGACGUCCAUCGGAUGGAGAAGGAGCAGGAGGUAGAAAGAGAGAGAGACAGACAACGCUCCACCAAGUUCUUUGACACCAAGAUCAACUUCAACGAACCUCCUCCUAAGCCCUGCAGGAUGAAACCCGGGGGUCGUUUUGGAAACGGUAUCGGUCUGCACAUUCAGCUGAAUGAGGCCCUUUGUGCCAGCUCUCCAGACCUGGCCAGUCCCUGUGAUUACACCACUCCUGUCGACUCCAUGAGCAACAGCUUGGUGGUGCCCAUGAUAUCUCCACGACGACGCAGCAUGGGGGAGGGAGAGUUGAUGGUGGAGCCGUCCAGUAAGGAAGACGCCCAGCGGUUGUGGCAGAUGGAGAGACAGCGUAUGCAGGAGACGAUGAGACAUCAGAAACAACAGAUGAUGGAGGACAACAAGUGGCUGACCAAGGAGGAGAGACUCCUGGGCCCCAUGGUACAGGAGGGCACCACCAACCCACUGUUACCAGAACCAGAGACUGGACACGCCCCGCCAGACAAGCCCCUGCAUCUCACCGGCCCGAAAGCCCAGGCCGCCCCUACGGCCCAGGCCGCCCCUACGGCCCAGGUCGCCCCUACAGCCCAGGCCCGACCCACUGCAGAGCUAGACCGUUCAGAUGAUAAGGUGUACCAGGCGGUCAUGGAGCUGGUCCAGGUGGUGGUGCAGCUGAAGAACGAUGUGAACACACUACAGCCUGAGGAGUACAUCACCGCCAUCAAGUCUGUAGGGCUGACCUUAAGGAGUCUGAUACGCAGUGUGGAUGAUAUUCUACCCACCCUCCAUAAGUCCAUUAGGACAGAGAUCGAGGGAACCCAGAAGCUGUUGAACAACGACAUGUCAGAGUUGAUCAGUAAGAUGCGUCUGGCCCAGCAGAACGCCAUCACCUCUCUGAAGGAAGAGUGUAAGAAACAGAUGCUGACUGCAGCACACAACCUGGCCAUGGAUGGGAAGAACCUUCUGGAUGCUGUGGACCAGGCCAGGGUCAGGGCCAACCUUGCCAAGCCCAAACCGGAGACCCCAUAGUGGGGUAAAUACCCACAGGACACCCACUUUUUUUUUUUUUUUUUUAACUGGAGGACGGGUCAGAGCCAAGUAUGUUGCGACUGAAUGGAUGGACUUGGGAGUGACUUGGCAGUACAGUGGUCAAGGUUUCCUUUUAAGUUGAAUUAAGUGUGUCAGAAUUAAAACGAUCAGAAAAAAUGACUUUCCCUUUUUGUAAUUGGUGUUGUGAUUUCUGUAUCAUCUCGUGUCUUGAAUUGUAUCGGUUAUUUUAAAUAGUCUCUCUAUCUGUUUAGGUAUCCAGGUUAAUUUACUUCUAGGUUAUUUUCACAUGUUUUGGGUAAUACUGGCCAGAUCAAUAGAUUUAUUAAUUUGCAUACGUGUUGUUUCAUGGUCUGUGUAAUAUUUGUUUCUAGACUAAGAGUCUGACCAAAUAGAUAAACUACCCAUUACCUUUCCGUUUUUACAUCAGGUUUGUAGUAUAUUAAAUUCAACUUACAGUAUUUUUUUUUAUAAGUAAAAGUAUGUUUUCUGUGCUAUGAUAGAGAAUUUAGGAAAGUUAUGAAAAUGCCCUUUUUGAAAAUAUUUGACUAUACUGCACCCUUCAAUGUUUCCCCAUAUCUUUUAUUCAGCUGUAUCGUCAUGGGUAUGAAUAGAGAUAAUGGGAACGAUUUCUAAUAAACAUGUCAGACACUGUGACAAAACAAGA